AAUUUAUACCCGACACAUCAAAAGGUUGCUGCUCCGUAUAACAUUUCUAUAUAUAUCUCAGCUGGAUCCUUUACUUGAGUUUUGUUUUGAUAAUUCGAACAAAGAAAAAAAAAAUCAGACAGCAACAAUGGCGACAACUACUGAUACAAGAAACAAGGGGGAGAAUGGAGCUAAGAUUACCAUUGAGAGCAGUAAUGAAGAGCUGAAACAUCUUGGAUUCGUAAAAGUAGCUUAUUUUAACAUUUUAAUUUUUGGGUCUAGUUUUUAUGAAUUCGUUAAAGAUAAUUCUGGACCAUUCAAAUCUGGGAUUGGAAAAGUUGAGGGUAUUGUUAGUCCUGUUCUUGACAAGUUCAGAGAUGUACCUGUUCAUCUUCUUGGAUUUCUUGAUAAGAAGGUUGAUUUUGCUACAAAUAAGUUCGAUGAACAUGCUCCUCCUAUGGCUAAGCGGUUAGCCUGUCAAGCAAGGUCAAUGGUUCAGAAGGCAUUGGGAUUGACCUCCAGUCUUGCAUCCGAGGCUCAAACAAGAGGUGUAACUUUUGCCGCAUGUUCUGCAAUUACAAAGUCCAGAGAAUGCUUAACAGAACAAACAGUAAACGCCUGGUGGACACUCAACCGUCUCACGCCAUUUCGAAUGGUGGCACAGGUGACAGUUCCCAGGGCUGCUCAGUUGUCAGAGAAGUAUAAUGACGUUGUCAUGAGCAUGUCAGAAAAAGGGUAUACUGCCUCGAGCUACCUUCCACUGGUUCCACUCGACAAAAUAGCCGAGACUUUCAGGAAGGGUAAAGCAGUUUCAAAAGAAAAGAAGUCAAGCUGAGGGAUUUUAAAUGGGUGAAGGUUUGGUUCGAGUAUGGAGACUAGUGAAAGAGGAACAAGCAUUUAGCCUAGAAUCUAGUAUGGAUAUCGAGAGUGUUGGUGAGGAGUGUACAGGGACUAUGUGGUGUUGAACUUUGCGUAUGUAAAUAUUAUUAGUAAUAACACGUCCAUUUUCUUGGUUAGUUUCUGCAUUGGAUGUGGAAGGGAAUAGUGCUAUUUAAGGGAUGGUUUUAUGAUUUCCUUCUAGUUCUGGAAUCUGGAUUUUAUUUUUGUUUCAAAA